UCAGACUACUUCACAAAGUCCCUUCCUCCUCUCCUCUCAUUUCUCUCAUUUCUCACUUUAGCCUCUUGUAAGUUUCUUGAAAUUUGUUUCAAGAAAACAUAGGAUUUGGACUUGAUCCGAUCCAAGACCCUUCAAAUUAUAAGCUUUGUUGUUUUUCCAAAAAAAUCUUGAUGCUAAAUCAAUAUUUGUUGAUGUAUGAAAUUGAUGUCUCAAAUUCUUAGUGAACUAUUUUUGUGUGGGUUUAUGAUCAAUUCUGUAUACAAGCGCAGGACUCAUCUGGUUUCAUCUUUCUCAGUUGUCUUCCUCUACUGGCUCUACUUUGUUUCAUAGCUCCAAAUUAAUUUAUAAGCAUUAAUAAUAUUAAUAUUAUUAUAUAUUUCUACAUAUAUCUACAAAUAAUCUAAAUCAUUAUAUUUAACUAUCUGGGUAUUUUUAUUUUUCAAUAAACCAUGACUUCCUCUAGUGGAACAGCAACAACAACUUCCUCAGGGUCAUCUCUGCUUCAGAACUCAGGCUCUGAGAAAGAUCUGCAGGUACUAAUGGAUGAGAGGAAAAGAAAGCGCAUGAUAUCGAACCGUGAAUCAGCAAGAAGAUCAAGAAUGAGGAAGCAGAAGCAUUUGGAUGAUCUGAUGGCUCAGCUCAACCAGCUCAAAACAGAAAAUGAGCAUAUCAUGACAAGUAUGAGUGUCACUACUCAACAUUUCCUCAACAUAGAGUCUGAGAACUCAGUCUUGGCAGCCCAAGUGGCUGAGCUUUCAAACAGACUGCAGUCACUCAAUGAGAUCAUCAGCUUCAUGGAUGCAAGGAAUGCAAAUCUUGGGAGUGUUCAAGACCAUGCUUACAGUGUUUUUGGUGAUGAGCCAUCUUGUGAUAACAUGUUCAUCAACAUGAACAUGCCAAUGAAUUAUUUGUAUGCAAACCAGCAUCCUAUAAUGGCAUCUGCAGAUGGGUUACAGUACUGAUCUCAACAUGGACCAUCAGGUUGCUAUGGAGAGGAUAAUUAUAAUUUAAAAUAAUUUGUAUGAGAGUAAUUUGGUGUUGAGCAAUAAGUAGUGAGAUAUGGGGUUCUUGUAAAUGGGCUUCUUUUUCUCAAUUAUUAUGGGUGUUCAAGAGUUA